GUGCGGAUAGAUGAGCAAAUCGUGGGAUUUUAGGCCCCUCCCUUUCCCGUCCACUGCCGAGAUCUUCCUAUACAGGCUAUACUGUGAACAGGUAUUGAAUUGUUUCUCGUUGCUGACCACCAGUGUUACCUUGCGGAAAUGCUUCAGUGAGUCUGCGCUGCUACGCCAAACAUGCCACGAGAUCACCCGUGCGUGCCGUGCUGCGAGAUGGACGGAGGCCACAGUCUGCGAGGCGUGUGUCACGUAACUGUCACAUCCCGAGGUUCUGGUGCUGCCGCCUAGGCACUCGAUUUCCUUUGCCUUCAUGAUUUCGUCUGCUCUUCGGCCGUCCACGCGUUCUCUGCUGGACGCACGGAAAAAGGAAGAAAGAGAAUAUUCGCGCUGUGUCCCUCUGUCUUAAAGUCUUCGACGGUCACUGUCGACCCUGAAUAGCACGAUCGCGCAGAUUCACGGCCUGUCCGUUCUCCCGUCACACCGCAGCAACACAAGAGUAAGGAGACUACGUUCGAACUUUGUGACGCAGAUAGGGACCUCGGCCGCUACUUGUGUCUCAGCCGUGCCGUUGUAUCCAGUCCCCGAGGCAAAACCCUCCGUGAAAUC